UUUGAGGUUACUUUGUUGAGACUUUUUGAGACUUUUGUGAAUAAUUCGUUAUUGCCCAUAUAAUAGAGCAAAGAAGUGACGUUGGGGUAUUUCAUUGUAGCUCCUGCAGAAUUUUCCUUCUUUUCAGGCCAAUAUGUCUGCAGAUAAAACCAAGGUGUACCAGGGUGUGCGUGUAAAGACUACAGUCAAGGAGUUACUGCAGAAGCAUAGAGCCCUGCAGGCACAAAAAACAGCAACGAAAUCACAAGCCAUGACGAGUCGCGAUGUCUGCACUACGACCUUAAAUUCCCAACUCGAUGUUUUCUCUGGAAGGCAAGCUCAGGAUCCUUAUUUCCCGACACGUUCAUUUACUGAACAUGUCAACGUCCCGAUGGAGAACGUUUAUGAUCAUCAACAGAUGAUGAAUAUGAUGCCACCUGAGACUUUCAACAACAAUUUCGUGUGCCCCACUUCUGCGCAGUGGGCUAAUGGAUAUCAACCUUCAAAUACGGACAUUUACGGCACUAACAUGGUUUCAAGAUCACCAUCAGACUCCUUUAAUCUACCCAGUCCAGUCGAUUACAACAGUUACUCUCCCCCUCAGUCUCACUCCUCAUCUUCCUCGUGUUACAGCUCUCCGACACGAAUGGAUUUGAACUCCAGUUUCUCUCCAGAAAAUUACCACUACCAGCAUUGCAACCUACAGCAUUGUUUCUGUCUGUCACAAUUGUCCAAUUUGCAGGAUGGCAUGACGACCUCAGAGUACGCGCCCUUUGGCUCAUCAGACUGUUUCUUUUCAUAUGCCGGCGACAGCUAUUUCAGAAGGGAUAUCUCAAACUCAGAGAUGUGUUACUUAUGAAAUGUACUUUGAAGCACUUUGCGCGAUUCAGUGUCAUACAUGAUCCAUUUGAAUGCAUUUGUCAUAGAAUUAGAUUUGGUCGAGGAAAAAGAGAUUACACGGCAUGAAUGGGUUUAGAGUAGUUUGAUUGCAGGGUUGAUUGGAGGGAACUAAAUGUGUGUGAGUAUAAUUUACAAACAAAUUAUUCGUUUAUCUUUUCUACAAUAAACGUAUUUUUCUUAAA